CGUUCCAAGCUUCGGGAAGAAAGUCGCUGUCUGCGCUGUGGCUGCCGCUAACAUGCGGGAUUACGAUGAAGUUACCGCUUUCUUGGGAGGCUGGGGACCACAUCAGAAACUCCUCUUCUCCCUUCUGAGUGUCAGCGUCAUUCCGAAUGGUUUCACCGGAUUAAGCAUAAUUUUCGUCGGAGAUAUCCCAGAACAUCACUGCUUAAUUCCCGAGAAUCUCAACCUCAGCGAAGCAUGGAGGAACAAGACCAUCCCUCUACAAGGCGCCGAACAGCAGCGCAGCAAGUGCAGUCGGUACCGGCUGGACGUGAUAAUGAACCUUUCGGAAACGUUCCCCGACCCCGAUUUCCUCAACAUGUCUGAGAUCGAACAGGAACCGUGUCUGGAUGGAUGGGAGUACAGUAAGGAGCAGUACAUCUCCACUAUCGUCUCCGAGUGGGACUUGGUAUGUAACAAUGACUGGAAAGAGCCGUUCGUUAUGUCAGUAUACUUCAUGGGAGUGUUAGCAGGUUCCAUUAGUUUUGGAAUAUUAUCAGACAGGCUUGGGAGGAAAAUUGUUAUGUUUGGGACAAUGGUGCUACAGGUUGCAUUCAAUGUGCUUAUCACAUUCUCACCAAACUUGGAAAUCUUCUGCCUGAUUAAUUUCUUCAAAGGUUUUGGUGAGGUUUCAAAUUUUAUGGCUGCCUUUAUUCUUGGAUCUGAACUUCUUGAAAAAUCCAUUCGGAUUACAUAUUCUACACUUGGAGUCAGCAUGUGUUUUUCAGUAGGCUAUAUGAUCCUGCCUUUUGUCGCAUAUUUCAUAAGAGAAUGGAAGAUGCUAAUAUUGACCCUGGCUCUCAGCUGUUUGUUGUAUAUUCCUUUGUGGUGGUUUAUUCCUGAAUCUCCACGCUGGCUAUUAUCUAAAGGAAGAGUAAAGGAAGCUGAAUCAAUACUUCGACUCAUGGCAAAGAAAAAUGGUGUCACUCCUCCAGCGAUGCUUUUCAGUGAACUUGAGUUCGAACACAUAAAGAACAAUAAAGUAAAAUCUGUUCCAGUUACCCAGUUGUUAAAAACCUGUAAUACCCGAACUAUCACAAUCAUUAAUAUUCUGAUCUGGAUGAUUAUAACAAUGGGAUACUAUGGUCUAUCAUUGAACAUAUCCAAUCUCCAUGGUGAUGACUAUUUGAAUUGUUUCCUCUUUGCUGCCUCAGAGAUUCCAGCUAACAUAGCAACAUGGCUUCUCUUCCAGAAGUUUCCACGCAGGUUCAGCAUUUCAAGUGUUCUUUUUCUCAGUGGAAGUAUCCUGCUCCUCAGUCAGCUCAUCCCAUCACAUUUUUUAUCACUUGCUACAGUGCUGGUGGUAAUUGGAAAUUUGGGAAAUACAUGUGCUUUUUGCAUGGUUUAUGUCUACACCGCAGAACUGUAUCCAACCUCAUUGAGAAGUACCGGUAUCGGAGUGAGUUCAAUGGCAUCCAGGAUCGGAAGUAUCCUUUCACUUUACAUUAUUUACCUUGACGCUUAUCAAGAGAAUCUGUCAUUGAUUGUGAUCGGGGUGUUAACAAUGUUCGCAGCAAUUGCAGUUCUGUUUCUGCCAGAAACAUUUAACGUUCCUCUCCCAGAUAACAUUGACCAAAUGCAAAAAAUCUAUUGGUUCAAAAGUACAAGACUUGUUCACUCUAAUUUAGGCAAAAAUGAAAAGAUGAAAAAAAGUAGGGUGAUCCUUCUAGAAGAAGCUGCUUAACACUCUUUGACGACAAAUCUUCAGCGGCAGAGAAACAACUGAAGAUUUCAUCACAAAUUGGAUCAUGGAUUGGCAGAUUCUUCUGUGAGAUUGAAAGUGAGAAGAAUGGGAGUCCUCCUUAAAAUGCUCAGAUGAUCUGCAAGGGACAGGAUUUGAUCUUACUAAGUUUUAACAAAACAUAUUUCCUGGAUUUUUUUCUGUAAGAUAUUUGGAGAAAAAACAAUUUGAAAUUUUUUGGCUUCUUUGAAUCGAGUUACCUUUUCAUCACCGGAUAUCAUUCUCUUCAUAGAACUACUUAUUAAAUGUAAUGAAACGUAGCACAAAAUCUACCCAGUACAGUGGUUUCCUUUAGGAUUGUUAUCUGCUAUCAACUGUUGCUUCCGCUAUAUUCCUCCAGCUUUGCUCCAGACUUCUGCUUUCGAGUUUAGUAUAGGUCAUUAUAUUAGUAACCUACCUCUAUUUAUUCACAUGCAAGUUUUGGAUGCUGUUUGCAAUGCCAGUAUUUGUUGCAUAUCCUUCAAGGCUCCAAAUUGAGGAAGCAGUUAAAAAUCAGUCAGACUGAUAUACUUGAAAUCAUACUAAAAGCACACUAAGGAUAUAUUUC